CUCCAGCGUGUUCAACUUUAGCAUGUGUGUCUAGGAAAUACUUUUUUUUCUUCUAAAUAUUGUCAGAGUGUAUCGGAUUAAAAUGUGACACCCACGCCGAGAAUUCUUAUAAAUAUGAGCCUCAAUUGCUUUGGAAGGCAAGCCAUAGACAAGCUCCCAAACUAUCUGACAAUGGAAGCAACACGCCUCGCCCUCGCUCUCUUGGUAGGAUCCCUGGUGAUCGGGAUGUGCUUGAGCAAGCCAGCACAAAAGGAGAAAAGAAUGCAACGUCGUCACGAAGAACGCAGCAUGAACUGUACUGGUGUGAAUGAAUUCCUGUGCAUUUCUGGACAAUGUAUCUCGGGUAACUGGCAAUGCGACGGGAUGGAUGACUGUCUAGAUGGGGACGACGAAUUUGGAUGUUCCAUCAACGAAUCAACAGGUACCUGUGAGGCUUGGAGUGAAUACACAUGCGAUUCUGGACACUGUAUCCCAUCUUACUGGCAAUGCGACGGCUGGACUGAUUGUCCACAUGGUGAAGAUGAAGCCGGGUGUACCUACGAGCCGACUGGUGCUUACGACCAAUCCAGCUACGAUUUCUCCUGGGAUUUCGGUUACAAUUCUGAAGGUGGUUCUGAGUGGUGUGAUUACCAGUGUUAUUCCGGGGACUGCAUCUUUUCGUCCUGGGUGUGUGACGGCAUUACAGACUGUAGCCAAGGAGAAGACGAAUCUCACUGUGACCCCUGGUUCGUUCAGGACUUGCUGCAUUACUGCCUCCUGUCCGACGUAGUGGUCCCAAGGUGGAUGGCGUGUGAUCGUAUCACAGAUUGUCCCUACGCUGACGACGAAUGGCUUGGCUGCUAUGGCAUCCAUGAUGGUUUUGGAUUCGACAAUAAGAAGAGGGGCGCCGAGAAACUGCCCACCCAGCUAAGCAAGAUGGCCAAGAAACACAUGAAGACAGAGAAGAGUUUGACCGAAGAGCAGAAACAACUGCUUAAAACCAUCAACGAGAAACAGUCUGUGAUGAAGAAAGGCAGACUUGGGGCCAAGAAGGCACUGAUCGAUGCGGUCUGAUGUUGCUGACCACAUCAGAUGCGAAAGUUCCAGCCCCUUUUAUUGCACCAUAAAAAUGACCGGAACGAAACGGACUGAUGU